AUGGCAGACACCCUCUUCUCUCACUACAGGCCGGGGAGCAGCAACCGACUCACUGAGGAAUCAGAAUUGAGGCUCAUCCUCGUCGGUAAGAGUGGAGGUGGGAAAAGUGCAACAGGAAACACCAUCCUUGGGCAGGAGAAGUUUGAGUCGGUACUGAAGGCAACACCCGUUACUCAGACAUGUAGUGAAGGCAGCAGGACCUGGAAUGGAAGGCAGGUUGUGGUUAUCGACACACCUGCUAUUUUUGACACCAAGGACGCUGAUGAACAAACCACCCAUGAGAUCAGUCACUGUAUGGAGCUCUCCUUCCCAGGCCCCCACGCUCUGGUGCUGGUGACCCAGCUGGGCCGUUUCACUGAGGAAGACCAGCGCGCCGUGAAGAGAGUGCAAAAGAUUUUUGGUCCCAAGGCACUGAAGUACACAAUCGUCUUAUUCACCCGCAGAGAAGACUUGCAGAGUGGAACUCUGGAGGAGUAUAUCUCCCACCCGGAGAACAAACAGCUUCUGCAGCUGAUCAAACAAUGUCAGGGCCGAUACUGCGCUUUCUACAAUAAAGCUACAUGGGCGGAACGCGCUGCCCAGGCUGACGAGCUGAUGACUAAGAUUGCUCGUAUGGUGGAGGAGGAGAAUAAAGACCAACCUUUCUACACUAAUGAGGUGUAUGAAAAGGCUGAGAAGCUUCAAAAGGUAAAUGAUACAUUUUGUGAGAAAGAUGAAAGACCAUGUCAGUCUGAAAAAGGACAGGCUGAGCUGAGAGAAUUGAUAGAAACGCAGAAAUCCUAUGAGAAAAAACAAGAAUUUCGAGUGCGAGAACGUAACACUUGGAUUCAUCACACCCGAGUCAAGCUAGCCCCUAGGCCGGGGCCAGAAGCAGACGACUCCGGAUCUCAAGGGAGCCCCGCCAGCUCUUCCCACCGCGACCCGGAAGAGCCUGAAGCAGAUGAUACCUGGAAGGCUGAGCCUCUCGAGGCAGUAAAGCUCCUGUUCCGAUGGAACAAGCCCUGA